GUCAGUCAGUGUUGAAAUUACAACAACACGUCUGGUGGAAGUCAGCUUAAAAUUUUUCAAAUAUUCGUUUUAAAUAAAAGUAAACUUAACAUUUUUAUAAUAAAUGGGCUAAAUAGUACACAAAAUCGUGAUUUUUAGCGUGACGUGGAGAAAAAUACCCCUGUCCCUGUAACACAAAAUAACACUGUAGGAACAACAUUUCCGUUCGCUUGUUUCCAGGUGGAAUAUUUUAAAGGUUACCGGAAGUGUCAGUAAAACUUAAAAAAAAAAAAAAACAGUUGUGAUCUGAGUAGAAUGAAAAGCGUAAGGCUCUUUUUAAAAUUCAAGAAACACGAUUAAAUCAUGGAGGGAACUUCUACAAGUGAUGCUGCAGGGGAGCCAACCGUUGCUGCUCAGGUUCCUUUCUUGCACUUGUGYACAACUUUGGAGAAAAUCCAGAGGUCUAAACUGCGUCCAGAAAAGUCCAAGAUUCUUGGGGAGUUCCUCGAGUCUUGGCGUAAAUUUCAUUCUGCCCUCCAUGAAAACAAUCMCAAAACUACAGACUCCUUCUAUCCCGCCAUGCGUCUCAUUGUCCCCCCGUUUGAGCGGGAGCGAAUGGCGUACGGCAUUAAAGAAAGCAUGCUUGCGAAGCUCUACAUAGAUGUUUUAGGCCUUCCGAAGAAUGGUUCCGAGGCCAAUAAACUGCUGAACUACCGUGCUCCGACCACGUCCCAAGGAGAGGCUGGAGACUUUGCCAGCAUGGCGUACUUUGUGCUAAAGAAGCGGUGCACAAGCCAAGGGAAUCUCAGCAUCAAAGAAGUCAAUGACUUUCUGGACUCGGUGGCGAUCAACAACGCUAGCAAGCAGAAGGACCAGGUGAAAAAGAGCCUGCUGCACCUCAUCACUCAGAGCUCCGCUCUUGARCAGAAGUGGCUCAUCAGAAUGAUUCUGAAGGACAUGAAGCUUGGCAUCAGCAAGGAAACCGUGCUCCAAGUCUUCCACCCAGACGCCGCGGAACUCUAUAACGUCAACACGGACCUGAACAAGGUCUGCCAGCAGCUCCACAACCCCUCCGUGUCGCUGAGUGAAGUCUCCAUCGAGCUCUUCUCUGCGUUCAAGCCAAUGCUGGCGGCGGUGGCCAACAUCCGCAACGUGGAGAAGCAGAUGGGCAACAACCCCUUCUACAUCGAGACGAAGCUGGACGGGGAGCGGAUACAGCUGCACAAAGAUGGAGACGUGUACAAGUACUUCAGCCGAAACGCUUUUGAAUACACGCAGCAGUUCGGAGGCUCACCCCUCGAGGGUUCGCUGACUCCCUAUAUUCACAAUGUCUUCAAAAGCCACGUGGUGAGCUGCAUCCUAGACGGCGAGAUGAUGGCGUACAACCCGACAGCGGAGACGUUCAUGCAGAAAGGAAGCAAAUUUGACAUCAAGAGGCUGAUGGACGACUCGGAGCUGCAGACGUGUUUCUGCGUGUUUGACGUCUUGUUGGUGAAUAACCAAAAGUUUGGAAAAGAGACCCUGAAAAAGCGACACGAGACUCUUCAGACCGUCUUCACACCAGUGAAGGGACGGAUACAUUUGGUCCCAAAGACGGAGGUCAGAACCACACAACAGGUGGUCAAUGCGCUUAACGAUGCCAUAGACAACAGAGAGGAGGGGAUCAUGGUGAAAGAUCCUUUGUCCAUUUACAAACCAGAUAAACGAGGGGAGGGCUGGCUGAAGAUAAAGCCAGAAUACAUGGACGGCUUGAUGGAUGAACUUGACCUGCUGAUUGUUGGCGGCUACUUAGGGAAAGGGAGUCGAGGAGGUAUGAUGUCCCAUUUCUUAUGUGCGGUAGCCGAAGCUGCAAAGCCUGGCGAGAAGCCAUCAGUGUUCCACUCCUUCUGCCGCGUCGGCUCAGGAUACACCAUGAAAGAGCUGUACGACCUCAGCUUGAAACUCACCAAGCACUGGAAGGUGUACCGGAAAAAUGACCCGCCACCGUCCAUCCUGUGCGGGACGGAGAAACCAGAGGUCUACAUCGAGCCUUGCAACUCGGUCAUCAUCCAGGUCAAAGCGGCAGAGAUCGUUGGAAGCGACAUGUACAAGACCAACUGCACGCUGCGCUUCCCCCGAAUUGAGAAGAUCCGCGACGACAAGGACUGGUACCAGUGCACCACUCUGGCGGAGCUGGAGCAGCUCCGCAGCAAAGCCUCCGGGAAACUGGCCUCGCGGCACCUCACCUUGGACGGCAACGAACCGCAGAAAAAGAAGAGGAAGCUGCCGGCCAAACCCAAGAAGGUGAUCGGCGUCGUCGACCACUUCAAGCCCCAGGACCUGUCCGGUGUCUCCAAGGAGACCGAUAUGUUUGAGGACGUGGAGUUCUGCAUCCUGAAYGGCACUGAAGAGCAUCCAAAGGCUGAGCUGGAAAAGGGCGUGGCCAGGUGUGGAGGUAUCGUGGUUCAGAACCCAGGACGGGACACUUACUGCGUGAUCGCCGGCGUAGAGAACACGCGCGUGAAGAACUUGAUCUCGUCGAACCAGCACGACGUGGUCUGGGCCUCCUGGCUGCUGGAGUGCCUGGACCAGAAGGCGGUGGUGCCGUGGCAGCCGCGCCACAUGAUCCACAUGUCGCCGUCAACCAAGGAGCACUUCGCCAGGGAGUACGACGCCUACGGCGACAGCUACUUCGUCGACACGGACGAGCAUCAGCUGCGCGAGGUGUUCGGCCGCAUCGGCAGCACGGAGGGGACGGCGGUGAGCGCGGCGCAGGUGGAGGAGCGCUACGGGUGGGACGACCUUCCCACCAGCAUGUUCAGGCCCUGCACCGUGUACCCGGACGUGUUCGCUGACAUCGGGGAUCCAGAAAGCGCCGCGCCGGCUUCCUGUCUGGAUGUCCGCGCGCUGGAGGUUCGCUACCACGGAGGGACGGUGGUGCGGAAGUUGGAGGAAGGAGUUUCACACGUGAUCGUUGAGGAGGAGACCAGACUCCUGGCCCUGAGAACUCAGCGCCGCCGUUUCAGGAGGAAGUUUAAGAUWGUUAGAGACUCCUGGGUGACAGAUUCCAUCGAAGCUGGCUAUCUGCUGGAUGACACCCACUAUUUGCUUUGAUGUUUUUGUUGUGACGAGCACAAGGUUUCAAUGACACAAGGAAAAAAUCUUUUCUCUGUAAAUUUAUGAAUAAAGGUAUAAAUUUAAAAAAAUGUAAAUAUUCUGGGUUUUAGUCAGUAUUUCUAUGGGUUUAAUUGUAAUUAAUAAAGUUUCUGGUUUACAGUUUUA